GCGCCCCCUCCCGCCUCCCCCGGCAGCAGCUUCCCGAUCCUGCAGCGCUCGCUCCGACAUCAUGUCCUCCGGAGGAGACUUCGGGAACCCGCUGAGGAAAUUCAAGCUGGUCUUCUUGGGAGAGCAGAGCGUUGGAAAAACAUCGUUAAUCACAAGGUUCAUGUAUGACAGCUUCGACAACACCUACCAGGCAACAAUUGGUAUUGACUUCUUAUCAAAGACAAUGUAUCUGGAGGACAGAACAAUCAGAUUGCAGCUCUGGGACACGGCGGGGCAGGAACGAUUCCGCAGCCUGAUCCCCAGUUACAUCCGCGACUCGGCUGCCGCCGUAGUAGUAUACGAUAUAACAAAUGUGAACUCAUUCCAACAAACAACAAAAUGGAUCGAUGAUGUCCGGACGGAGCGGGGGAGCGAUGUCAUUAUUAUGCUGGUGGGGAAUAAAACAGACCUUGCUGACAAAAGGCAAGUGUCCAUCGAGGAAGGAGAGAGGAAAGCCAAGGAGCUGAAUGUAAUGUUUAUCGAGACCAGCGCAAAAGCUGGAUACAAUGUAAAACAGCUCUUCAGACGUGUCGCAGCCGCCCUACCUGGUAUGGAAAGUUCACAGGACAAGAGUAGAGAAGACAUGAUCGACAUCAAACUGGAAAAGCCUCAGGAAGCUCCGGUCAGCGAAGGCGGCUGCUCUUGUUAAUCUCACGGUUCCACCAUGUCUCCUCCUUCAUCAGAACCUUCACUACCGAUCCUCUUCCCCUCUCUUCCCCCCUCCCCUCCCCCUCCA